AGCGAAGUGAAACUAAAACAAAAGACUGCAAGAAAUGUGAUAUCUGCUGCUACAGUUGAGGUGUCCGUCCCUUCUAUCUCUCUCUGCGCACUAACUGAUGUUCAGUUUGAUGAUGUCUGCAACAGCUAUUUCAUUUAGUUCAACUCUAACCAACCCAACCCAAUUAUCCACUAACAAACUCUUAUUCACUUCCAUACCCAUACCCAAAACUCCAUCAUUAUCUAAUAAUACCAAUAAAUCUGUCUGCUUCAAAAUCCACUACGGAGGAUUGUCCAAACGAAAUGGGUUUAAACCCGUUUUGAGUCCUGUAAUGGAGUGGCAGGACUGCACGGUUAAAAUGGAAAUUGAUGUGCCGGUUUCUGUUGCUUACAACUGUUAUCUUGAUCGUGAGUCAAUUGCUCGUUGGAUGCCCUUUAUUUCUUCAGUCAAGGUACUUGAAGAUAAGCCUGACCUGUCAAGAUGGUCUCUCAAGUAUGAAGCAUUUGGUCGAGAUAUUGAAUACUCUUGGCUUGCUAGAAAUAUGCAGCCAAUCCCGAACCAGAAAAUUCAUUGGAGAUCGCUUGAAGGGCUUCCUAACAGAGGUGCUGUUCGAUUCUUUCCCAAAGGUCCUCAAUCAUGUAUAGUUGAACUUACUGUUUCAUAUGAGGUUCCUCAGCUUUUGGUUCCAGUAGCAUCAGCGCUGAAACCGUUUCUCGAGGGAUUACUUAAAAACGGUCUGGAAAGAUUUGCAACAUUUGCAAGAAGCUCUAAAGCAGAUUGAGCCCUCUUUUCCCAACCAGGGUGACCAACCAUACUUGGAAAUUUACAGAAACAAUUGUUAAACUAUUAUGACAAUGUGGAAAGAAUAGGAAUGAAUAGUUCUGAAACUUUCAACUGUACUGGAUAUCUAUAAUCUGAAAUGUGAAAUAUUUAAUCAAUAUAAUUUGUUCAA